AUGCUCUUCGAAGACCGCCCGCAGGACCUCGAGUCCGAAAUCGCCCAGCUCGAAGCCCGCCUGCACGAUAUGCGAGCUCAGCUAGACAUCUCCACAUAUCCCACACCACCAUCCUCACACCCAGACAAGUCCUGGACAAUGCCAUCAUACAAUAAUGAGAACACCAAUAAUACCACCACCACCAAGAACGACCAAUUAUUCCGUCCAUCCUCAGUCCGCGCCUCCUCACUCCACGCUCUGCUCCUCCUCUCAGACUCCGCCUUACCACUAGGCUCAUUCGCCUACUCCAGCGGACUAGAGUCCUACCUCGCACACAACAAGCCAUCCCGCCGCACAAACCCAGUAACAUCCUUCCACCAUUUCCUCAAACUAUCAAUCGCCUCCAUCGCAAGCACAUCACUCCCCUACGUGCUUGCCGGGUACCGCCGUCCCGAAACAUUAGAUACCCUCGAUAACGACCUCGACGCCUCAACACCCUGCAUCGUCGCGCAGCGCGCGAGCGUCGCACAAGGGCGCGCCUUGAUCGGGGUCUGGGAACGUGCUUUCCGCGUGAGCUUUGCUUCCCCUUCCCCGGAGGGAGAGCAAACCACCGACACCGGCGUCACGGCGGCCAUCACAGCCAUUGACGAGUUCUCCUCCGCACUAAAGUCCUCCUUCGAAGACGUGGAUGAAUACGACCUCGGACCACGAGGUCACUUCGCUCCGCUUUGGGGUGUAGCCUGUCGCGCAAUGGGGCUGGACCUCCAACAGACAGCGUAUACGUUUGUGCUCAACCACGCGAAGGCCGUUCUUAGUGCGGCAGUGCGGGCGUCUGUGAUGGGACCGUAUCAGGCGCAGAAUAUCCUUGCUAGUCAGAGUUUGCAGGAUACUAUUAUGGGGCGGAUUGAGAGGGAGUGGAAUACUGAGCCUGAAGAGGCUGGGCAGGUUGUUCCUGCGUUGGAUUUGUGGGUUGGAAGGCAUGAGUUGCUUUAUAGUCGGAUUUUCAACUCUUGA